CGAGAAAUAACACAAUCCAUUAACCGCUUCCAAAACACUUAAAAACAGAACAAGUGAACAACUUAACAACACCCUUUAUUGGCAGCAUUUGCAUGCCAAUAAUGUACGUGGAAGCACUAAUCCUCCAGCCUCACCUCCCUCCAAAACCCACCCAACUGCCUAGACUUCAGAUUCUCCACGUCCCAACCAUGCAAAACCCAAAACCUCCUAUAAAUACAGACCACUCCCACCCCUCUCUACCCACCACAGCUCCAACCUAUAACAAACACAUCGAAAGAAUCACACAAUGGCCAAGCUCACAAUCCUAGCAGCUGCCCUUAUAGCCCUCUUAGCCCUUGCCCAGGCAACCCCGACCACCAUCACCACCACCGUGGAAGAGGAGGAGAACCCUGGGCAACAGCAGCGCUGCCGUGAGCAGAUCCAGAGGCAGCAAAACCUCCACCACUGCCAGAUGCACUUACAACAACAGGCAAGAGGGUACGACAUGGCAAUGAACCCGCAGCAGCAACAGCACCUCCGCCAGUGCUGCCAGCAGCUGGAGAACCUGAACGAGCAGUGCCGGUGCGAGGGCCUGAGGGAGGCUGUGAGGCAGCAGAGGGAGCAGGGCGAGAUGCAGGGUGAGGAGAUGAGAGAGAUGAUGCAAGAGGCUGAAGACCUGCCUUCCAGGUGCAACCUCAGCCCUAGAAGAUGCCAAAUCCGGGCCUCCUGGUUCUAAAUGAGGCCGCGUGCUAUGUUGGCGGACUAGAUGUAGCUAUGUGCAUGAUAAUAAAGCUCACCGUUCUAGCUAGCUUUUUAGCCAGAGGGAAGGGUAAGGCGACAGUAGUACUAAGCACAUUAUCGUGUGUGUUUAAGUGUGUCUUGGGUUUUUCCAAAUUCGAGGCCUUGUACUAAGGAGAGUGUUUAUGAUCUAAUAUUAUGAUAUCAGUUUUUCA